UCGCGACAAGCCGAUAGCAACAGCAAGCCAGGCCCAAGUUCAGUCCCCAGAGAGCGGCAAGAGUGAAGAGGACCAAGACAUAAAUUCUAUUUUUGAUGAAGAUAUGAGAGGCGAUGGCGAAGUGGCGAACCGAAACCUUCAUUAAUUAGGCAUUGUUUUACCACUUCCAUGUUUUCAUCAAGCAUGCUGUGGAUUUAAGCAUGGAAUUGAGAUAUCUUCUAAACUUAUGCAUUUAUGAGCUAGUUUUGUUAUCUAUCUGUAUUAGACCCGGUGUGGCCGUGUGGGAGUGGUAUUUGACAAGGUGUUGGUGUACUUUGAUGGUAGCCCUAGGUGUGAAAAUUAACCAGCUCAGCCAUUGACCCUAGGGGAAACGUCCAAAGAGUGGGUGGGGUGGGGGGUUGGGGGCACGAUGAGCUCUUAAUCACUGCACCGAGAGCCUGCCACAAUGCUACUCAUUAUUUUGAACAUCAAUCUGCAUCUUAUGGGUCCUAUUGCUGAAUUGCGCUUUCUACAUUUUGUUGACAGCUAGGUCUGUCAUCUUCUCUGGACUCUGGAGGGUUCAGAACCACCUUGAAUUAGCUGUCUUUGAGGAGUACAAUAGGAAUGGAUGAUGCUCAAGGGUAUCAAGAAGGAGAUGAUCAUGACUUAGUGAUGCAGAAACAAGAAUGGAUCAAAACACAAGACAUGCUCAAGAGUAAACUUAUUCUUGAAGAUGAAUUUGCCUGGAGUUUACCUUCGGUGGGCUCAGGUUUAGAUGAACCUGAGUGGUGCAAACUGAAGUAUAUUGGUGGGACUGACAUCAGCUUCUUGAAGGAAGACCCAUCCACAGCAUGUGCCGCGGUGGUAGUCCUCAAUGCCGAUACUUUAGAAGUUGUCCAUGAAGAGUUCAAUGUUGUUCGACUGCAAGUGCCAUAUAUUCCUGGUUUUCUUGCAUUCAGAGAGUGUGACAUGGCCUGUUGCUAACUGUUCGUUCUUACUGCCUCUAAAGUCUAGAGCCAAGGGAUUCUAGUAUGAUCAAUCCAAAAUCAUAGAUCUUGAGAAAGGCUCCAGUUCUUCUUGGACUCUUGGAAAAGGUGAAGAUCAAUGCACCUCAUUUCUGCCCACAGGUUUUACCAUUCUGCCCUGCUGCAGUUGCUCAUGGUUGAUGGAAAUGGAUUGCUCCAUCCGCGAGGUUUUGGUUUAGCUUGUCAUCUCGGCGUUCUUGCAGACAUUCCUACUAUUGGAGUUGGAAAAAAUCUACAUCAGGUAGAUGGCCUUAACCAAUCAGAAGUUAGAAGACUGCUCGGAUCAAAAGAGAACUGCAACAGGGAACUGGUUUUGUUGACUGGACAGUCUGGGACAAAAUGGGGCAUGGCAAAUAGUAGUGAAUGGCGGCGUCGGCCCAACUGAGCCCGCAUCAGAGGACGCGCAGAAAUUGCCUCCUGAUUUUGUGCGUGGUUGUUUGGGCGGGGAGUGCAAUUCCCCGAUUCGAGCGGAACUCCUCCCAUCCGAUCCGGCGGCGGAUGACUAUAUAAAGCGAGCCAAUCUGCAUCUAGCUGUAGCACCUCUGCGUCUCAAGAUUUGGAGAUCCAUUAGCUGUAGCACCUCUGCCUCCCACGAAUCGAUUCGACGACAUCUUGCUGCAGGUACAACCUACCAUCAUGGUGGGCAUGCUAUUGAACGCCGGCCGCAGCAAUGGCCGCGGCGGCAGGAGGACUAGCAUCCAGUCACCGCCGCAGGUCCUCUCCUCUGUUCCCUUACUCGUCUACGAGUACGAGGAUCCCGCCGGCUCUACUCCUACCGCUGCCGCAAAGAUGCUCAUGUACAGCCUGCCUGAGCGGAGCAUCGUCUACACGCACGACAGCAGGCCUCAGGCCAUGGAGGGCAACUUCUUCAGCACGCCUCAAGGCUGGCUGGUCAUCCUUGGGCAUGGAGAAGUGACGUCGGAGGCCUCCAUGUGGCAUCCGCUCACCGGGGAGACCAUCACCCUCCCACCCAUACAUGACGACCACCACAUCCCCACCAACUGCAAGUGCCUGCUCACCCACAACUCCGCCGCCCACCCGGACUGCGCCGUCGUGCUCCUCGACGUCGCCGAUCCUCUCAUGUGGUUCUGCCGUGUCAAUGGCGGGGCUGACCGGAGGUGGGGACAGCACACCUACGACAUUGGCGACUACGAGUUCCCCGAUGAGUUCCGCACCCCCUCUACGCCCACCAAGAACGUCAUCAGAAGCGUCGCCGCGCUUAAAGGGAAGCUGCAUUUUUGCUUCAUGGAAUCGCACCAAAACAAGAUGUGCGUCGUUGACUUAGAUUUCCCGUCCGAUCAUGGCCACCCUCCCACCGCAGAGUUCCACGAGUUUGAUGUCUCCCCAGAGUUCGGCAUCAAGUUUCCUGACGGCGUCUGCUCUGCCAGCAUCCACUUGGUAGAGUCCAUGGACGAGCUUUUUGCCGUCUGCGUCUUCUAUGUCGGUUUUGAUCCCACCAACGUUAGUGCCGCUGGAAUCUUCAAGAUGGAGGACUCCUGCGGCGAGGAAACCGUGGCCUGGCACCGGGUGGAUGAUAUCGGUGACAGGGCUUUUCUCUUGAUGGGCACCAACAUGGCAACUUGGUGCUCUGCAAGCACCAAUAACCUGAAAGGCAGCACCCUCUACUUCUUCCUCCACUUCUUACUUGGCGACAGGGAUCUAUACAUCUAUGAUGUACAGGAGCAGUCCCUGGAGACUGUCCAGGUUCACGACCAGCUAGAUUUGAAGGUCGUGCACACAGAACCAUACUGGAUUAAUGUACCUCCGUUUUAGUAUUAGCCCAUUACAUUAUAUUCUACUCUUUUAGUUAAUAUAGCUUCCUGCUACUCUUUUAGUUAAUAUUGAUUCAGUAAAAUAAAUAAAUAAUUUGCUCCCGUUUUGGCACUA